CAGAGCAGGCCAGAGAGAUGCCGGUGUGCGGCCACAUGAUCAUGGCCAUGGGGGACAGGACGAGCAAAGCAAGGCUAUAAGGAUCCCAAGAAGCCACUGGUUUUCGAGGCUCAUGUUUCCUGCUGAAGCUGCACAAAGUCGUGGACCAUGAGUGUUGUACACUAGUGCUGCGGCAUGAUAUAGUCUGUGGCCUCUGAAACCCAUCUCAUCUUCGUCUAUAUAAGCCGGCCCUCUCCUGAGAUACCUUCAUUCAUUGCAACAACACAUAUACCAGUACCACAGAAAAAAUCUUCUUCUCUUGAAUAGAUAAUAAUUGCAACUACACAAGGAUGAAGCUUACUGGGAGCAGCAAGAGGACAGGAGGGCUGGGCAGGGCUCUCAGGGAGCACAAGGCGAGGCUCUACAUCAUCCAGCGAUGCGUCAUCAUGCUCCUCCGCUGGGAUGACUAGCUAGAUACCCAGCUGGUCGCAUGUCAUCGAUAUCUCAGAUGGUGGUCUUUUUAUCAUCUUUUUUGGUUCUUGAUAAACCAGUUUUUCCCCAUCAUGGAUCGUGGUGGGUGCCGUCCAUUUUUUUCUUGAUAGAUCUGCAGAUCUAUCAUUAUGUGUAAACUAUAGAUAUUGAAGUAGACCGUACGAUUUUAUAUAGUAGAGGUGAUUAGUAAACUGGGAGGAUGUCGUAAGGACAAGUUUUGCUAAAAAGAUGAGAUGUGAUGAAAAGGGGUAAUCCCCUGAAUUUCAGAUGCUGAUUUUUCGUGGAUUUUGAAACUUUGCUUAUUUAAAAUUUCA